AUGAACAAGACUUGGCAAAAGCUGCCCUUUGCCAUGGUGGACUGGAGGCCCCAGACAUCCUGCUCUCGGAAGAUCAGCAGUGAUAUCUCCCGAUCUUCUGCAUCGCUGGCUGAGGAUUCUGCAUCUGAUGUGAAGAAUGACUGGGGAGCUGAUCUAAAGGUCACCCAUCAUGGGGUGUCCGGCAAACUGGUCAUGGCUGGUUCUCAUUCCGAAGUAGCAAAGUUUGGUGAGAGUAAGGCCAACAAAGACCAAUACACCUUCCUCAAGCACCAUAUGAGUUGUGUCUAUUACAGCUUUCGACUUUCAGACCUCUCUCCGCUGAGCAAAGAUCUAAAACGGGCCUUGGAGUCUCUGCCACCGACUUAUAAUACCAACACUAAAGCAAACUACAGACGUCUAAUUAGCAUCUACGGCACUCAUUAUAUCACCAAAGCAGAUGUAGGAGGCAAAGUGCAAGAGGUCAACGCCAUCAAGACCUGUCAAGCCACCAUGGAUGGCAUGUCCAUGGAGGAUCUAAAAGAUUGUCUUAGCAUGGAGGCCUCAGUUUCUGUCAUUGGGAAAGGUGAAGCAAAUGCCAAAGCCAGCGCCUGCAAGGAGCUAAGCCAAAAACUCAACAGGGGGGAGAGUUUCCAUCAAACGUUCAAUGAGAAGAGUUGGGAGGUGAGAGGAGGGAAGAUCAAAUAUGAGCAGCUCUCCUUUGAUGUAAAGAAUGCAGAUGCCAGCGCUUUCAAGGCCUGGAUGGAAACCUUAAAGACUGACCCCGAUAUCGUAUCCUACUCUGUGGAGCCCAUCCACCACCUGGUUGAAGCCAACAGACCUCAGAGAGAGAGCCUACAGGAAGCCAUCAGCGAGUACAUCUUGGAGAAAGCCCUGCAUAGGAGCUGCUCUUGCCCACCGGGUUCCCAGCUGAGUCCUGGUAAAGAGUGCAACUGCGUUUGUCCUUCUGGUGGAGGCCAAAAUAUAAACUGUUGCUCCGAAAAAAGGGGAUUUUCCAAAGUGGUGGUCACUGUACAAAGUGCCUCAGGCCUUUGGGGUGACUACACUACAAAGACUGAUGCCUAUGUAAAAAUAAGUGCUGGGUCGAGUUAUGCUCGGACACACACCAUAUGGAACAACGAUAAUCCAAAAUGGCACGAACGGUUUGACCUCGGAGUUUUGGAACUCAGUCCAGGGUUUAGAUUGGAGGUGGAGGUUUGGGAUGAGGAUAGUAAAUUUGAUGAUGACCUGCUUGGAAAAUGUGAAAAACCAAUCAACAAUGGUGUGAAGGACGAGGUUUGUUACUUUGACCAUGGUAGUGUGACGUUUACAGUGAAUGUGCAAUGCCUCCCCCACCUGACUGGGCCCCUUUGUAGGGACUAUGCUCCUUCCACCAGUUAGACACGUCUUCUAUAGUCCAACCACUUACUUUAAAAGGAACUCCAAGCUCCAAAAACACUUUAAAAAGUUUGUUUGGGCCAAGCUGGCCCAAACUAUGUCCCUCACUAACUGGCCAAACUACUGUAACUAUGUCCCUCACUAACCUGUGAGGCCUCUGGAUGUGCGGUAUAAACUGUACGAAGCUGCGGCCACACACAGCAUAGCGCACCGUGUUCUGGGUGCGAGCCGAGACUUCUGGCGGGCUGAUGAUGUCACAACCUCUGAUUCAGCCAUUUAGAGGAAGCUUUGUAUCCAUUGAUAGAAUACAGGGCUUGCUCUGAGCGGCUGAGCGCCGCUGCUGUAGACUGAUCUGUGUUCUGGGUAUGAGACAGGAAGUCUCGGCUCCCCCCCGGAAACACAGUGCGGUAUGCUCUAUGUGGCCUCUAUGUGACACAUCCAGCGGCCUCACAGGUUACUAAGGGACAUUUGGUUUAUUUGGGCCAGGUUGGCCUCAACAAACUAUAUAAAGUGUUUUGAAAGAUGGCGCUCUUCUUAAAGGGGUUGU